UUGUUUUGCGUGCUAUAUGCAAAUAUGCAAUCGUACACUAAAAAAAGAAUAAAAAUUAGGGGAAAAAAAAGGCAACAAACCCUAUUUGGACCCUGCUAGACCCAUAGGGUCCGGGUAUGGGAAUAAAAUUACAGAUACGGGUAUUACCAAACCCCCUAGUCAAGGGAGUUAAAUUUAAAAUUAAAAAAAAAAAAAAAAAAAAAAAAAGAGGUAAUCUCAAAAAAUUUGAAAAGUAGAGGGGGCUAUUUACAAUUUUUCCUUAAAUAUUAAAUGAAGUAUAAAUUUCCCAAAAUAAAAUCAAGAUAAACCCUCAACCUCCCACAAGAUAGUACGCAACGACUGAAGCAAGGAUUCACGCAAGGGACAAAACAGGAUCAAGAAAUACCACUUUUCCACAGUAACAACUGAGAGAUUCAACUUGGUGCAAACACAUGUAAAAGCAUAUAAAUUCUUGAUUUCUUGAACAACAAACCAUUUGACCCAAACAUAGACCCACUUUUCACAAUUCAUAAUCUGAUUGGAAAACCACCCAUGGAACCAAGAGCAAUUGCAAAGUAUCAGGAUGAAGUGAUGUCUAGUCAAUUGAAACAGGACGUUCUCAAGAAUUGGAUGUGCCUGGAUGAUAUGGACCCCAUUAGAUUUGUUCGUAAGCGUUAUGACAGAUAUGCGGCAAGACAGACAAUAAUAACAAAUCAAGUCCAAUUCUUCGAAGAAGCAAUCAGACUAAGAAAGUUGUUUGACCUGGAUUUUGUGGUUCCAAAGAUAGUGGAGGCUAUUUCGAUCAAGAGAAGGAUCAUUGCAGGUGUUGUUUGGGACCAAGUUCAGGGUCAAGAUUUUAUCAGGGAGCUUACACUGGCUACUGACUCGGCUUUUCAGCUAGCGUUCAGAUUCAAAGACAGUGAGCAUUACCUAUUCGAGAUAGAGAUGAAGGUUGACACUGAAUUCAACAAAAUCCCCCCAACUAUAGACAACACAAACACCAAAAAGCUGCCACAGUUUUUUUCUGGUUUGAUUAGUUUCGUUCUACUUAGUUAUAUCUUUCUAAGUACUUAUGGUCUGAUAUACUGUAAUGAUUCAGUAAAACCUUGUCUAUAAUGAGUCAAAAACAGUUCGUUAAGAGUAAAAUUUAGUUCUGUUUAAUAGCCUUCAAAUGCUACCACAUUCAGUUAUCAUACUUAUGAUCAAUUGGUUUCUAAUUUGAGCAACUUACAUUAAUCACCUUCCUUUAUGAAAGAAUGUAUAAAGGCAUAUAAUAAUACAGGCAUUGUAGCCUCUGCAUAACCCCAAACCUAUUAAAUAUACAGUUUAUCAACAUUUUAUGGCACUCAUUGGUAAACUGUUUGUUCACUCUUCCCAUCCAUCCACUUUCUUUUAGGCUCCGUUUGUUUUAUCGGAAAACCAUUUUUCACAGAAAACUAUCUUCCAAGUAAAACAAUGGAAAAUAUAAAUGCAAAACACAUUUUCAAUUGUUUAUUUGUUUGUUUGUUUGUUUGUUGAUGGAAAACCUAGGGGGGGAAGGAUGGAAGGAGUGAACAUGGAAAAGUAAGGAGUAUGGUGGAAAUGCCGCAUAAACAACCUAGAACUGAAACUCUACAGUAACAAAAGUAAUCAGUCAAUGCCAAAAAACUUGAUCACUAGUUUUAAAAAAGUAAUUUAAAAAAAAAAAAAAAAUCU